CCAGUUCCUUCCAUCGUUAGUAGAAUUAGGCACAAGAGAAUAAUACCGGAAUUAGUUAUUACGUUAUGGCGGUGGAGUCGGUCGUCUCUAAUAUUUAUUAAAUCUGGUGUUUACAUUUUUAUAACAAAAUUUAUUAAAUUUUAGUUACGUGAAUUUCAUCUUAACACCAGCUGCCUAAUCUAAGUGGAAGAACGAAUUCGACACCUGUGUGUUAAAAGUAACCUGGCGACCUUACAAGUUCUAUGUUUUUUGUAAACAGGAUAUUGUGUUAAAUACCUACAAAUACAUCGUAACCAUCGUACAGAAUGACAGGGAUGCAGACGAUGCGUUUCAUUAAGUCAACAAUAGGAUUUUUUCUGCUGUUCACCAGUGCGACCAGUGUUCUCUCAACUCAGUUUAAAAAAGCUCCUUUUGGAUUUCCAGUGAGGCUCCAAAGGCAUGGUUAUUUGUUUUAUGGUUCACCUCUCAUCGACUGCUAUCGAGGUCGUUUCAAUAUUCCAUUUCUAGACAAUCUGCUUGGUUAUACGUCUCUGGACCACGGAGACCAAGGUUGUAAGAAUCUUCAGUAUAGACAUAAUCCUCCUGAACAUGAACCCACAGCCCGAUACAGACACAUGUAUUAUUUUGUAAAUCAACCCUUACCUCUCUUAAAGAGCAAGACUAGCCAAUUGGUAGCGACAUAUCCUACAGGGGAAAAAAAUAUUCCUUCGUUUUAGCUUAGACGUCACGCAAAAGGCUGGUUGAGGAAGUUUCCUAACACAGUAAUGAAUUAGAUGAACUACGUUGAGUGAAGAACAGCAUGAAGCUAUUAACGCUCAGCGUUGAAUCCGAUAUAGUCAAAACAUAUCGCAGUUUGCUCAAGAGCAAUAUAACUUUAUUAACGCUUAAUGUCGAAUCCGCGACAGUGAAUACAGGUAGUAUUUGACUGACGAAGAACGCAAAUAUGUUAAUGCUAGAAGAAGAGAGGUAUGAUUAGUACCAUACCACCGCCUACACAUAUCCGAGAUGGAAUAGCUGGCACACCGAUUGUUAUACCACCAGUGUUAAACAAUCUUGGACAUAAGCUUGCGUAUUGCUCAAUACCGGUAAAGUGAAUCUGCCGAAUCCUGGACAGUAUCGCCCUGAGUUCUUUCUGCUUCAAAAAGGCGUGAGCAUAGAUACAAGCCAUGAACCCUUAACAAAAUCAUCAGUUUGACCUAAACUUAUUCCAUUGAAAACGAAAUACUAUUGUGUAGUGACAACUUCCAAAUG